GGAAGUGGCGGUCGAGGCGCAGGUAUCCCCCGGCCGAGUCGGCCUCUGGACGGGACGAUGGUUUGUGAGAAGUGUGAGAAGAAACUUGGCACAGUCAUUACCCCGGAUACAUGGAAGGAUGGUGCUCGCAAUACCACGGAAAGUGGUGGAAGAAAGCUGAACGAGAAUAAAGCUUUGACUUCAAAAAAGGCAAGGUUCGAUCCAUAUGGAAAGAACAAGUUCUCCACCUGCAGAAUUUGUAAAAGUUCAGUUCACCAGCCUGGCUCUCAUUACUGCCAGGGCUGUGCAUAUAAGAAGGGCAUCUGUGCAAUGUGUGGAAAAAAGGUUUUGGACACCAAAAACUACAAGCAAACAUCCGUCUAGUAUUGAACGCAUUUGUGUAUUAUUCUGUAUAUACUUUCUGGCUUUCUGUAUUAUUUCCUGCCUCAAAAUGCCAAGAAUAACUGAGAUGCUCCAGUUACAAAACAACAUGCUUUAUGACAAUUACAUUUUCUCAGGGUACUUAACUGGUUUGUUCAUUCACUUACUCUGAAGAAGUUGGGAAUAGUAACAGGACAAGUCAUCUCCCUAAAAUUUUCACCUAGAUGCAGUUUUUUUAAA